AUCUCGCUCACAUCGUAAUUGGUUUCUGCUCUCUUCCCAAGGAAGCAUGGCUUUUCGCCGUUUAUCUUCGUGUCUUGGCAGAACCCUGCUAAAAUGUUCCCGGCCCCAGCCACUGGCAGCGACACGGAUGGCAUCUCAUUUCCCCAUAGACGAUUCCCUCUUUGGAUUAACCGAUGAACAGAAACAGCUCCGAGAAUCCGUAUUCCAGUUUGUCCAGAAGGAACUUGCUCCAAAAGCUCAUGAAAUUGAUAAGAAUAAUAACUUCAAGGAAAUUCGAGAAUUCUGGUUAAAAUGUGGUGAAAUGGGUUUGCUUGGAAUCACAGCUCCCGGUGAGUUUGGAGGUUCAGAAGGUGGCUACCUUGAUCAUUGUAUUAUUAUGGAAGAGAUGUCACGAGCAUGUGGCGCCAUUGCUCUCAGUUAUGGGGCCCACUCCAACCUUUGUGUCAACCAAAUUGUACGGAAUGGAACGCAAGCACAGAAAGAAAAAUAUCUGCCAAAAUUAAUAUCAGGUGAACAUAUAGGUGCUUUAGCCAUGAGUGAACCAGGAAGUGGAUCCGAUGUUGUCUCUAUGAAGCUCAAAGCUGUAUUUAAAGGUGACCAUUAUGAACUGACAGGAAACAAGUUUUGGAUUACAAAUGGCCCAGAUGCUGACGUGUUAGUGGUUUAUGCUAAGACUGAUCCUGACAAUGUAAAACCUCAACAUGGUAUUUCAGCCUUUCUAGUAGAGAAGAAUAUGCCUGGUUUCUCAGCGGGACCUAAACUCGACAAACUUGGAAUGCGUGGCUCCAGCACUUGUGAAUUGAUCUUCGAAGGUUGUAAAAUACCAGUGGAGAACAUGCUUGGUGCCAAAAACGGAGGAGUUUAUGUUCUAAUGAGUGGUUUGGAUUACGAACGGCUGGUCCUUGCCGGUGGACCCUUGGGGUUGAUGCAAGCCUGCUGUGAUGUAGCCUUCGAGUACGCCCACAUCCGUGAACAGUUCAACACCAAAAUCGGACACUACCAGAUGAUCCAAUCAAAGAUGGCUGAUAUGUACUGUUCCCUAAAUGUGUGUCGUUCCUAUGUUUAUAACGUUGCCAAAGCUUUGGAUGCAGGUACAAGGGCCCCUAAUGAUUGUGCAGGUGCUAUACUCUACGUAGCUGAGGCAGCAACAAAAGUUGGUUUGGACGCUAUUCAAAUCCUUGGUGGAAAUGGUUACAUAAAUGAUUACCCUGUUGGAAGAAUUACUCGUGAUGCAAAACUCUAUGAAAUCGGUGCUGGCACCAGUGAAGUCCGACGCCUUAUCAUUGCUCGAGCCAUCAAUGCCUUCUAUCGAUAGAAUUUUCUUUUGUUUUAGUUCUUCCUUUUUCUUUUUCUCUAUGUCAGUCCACAAGGCUAAUUAACUGACUCACCUGUGAACACCUGUGAAUAUUAAAGACUGUAGAUGCACAGAAUAACAUAAUAAGUCAAUUGUGUUCAAAUUUGGGUUUGUUGGAGGAGAAGCCUUGUUUUUGUUUUGAGGGGGCAAAUUUGGCAUGAAGGUGACUUGGGAGUUUAAAGAAUUUGUUGAUAUAUUAUUAGCUGUAUAUUUGAAAACUGAAAUGAAAUACUAAAAGACAGUCACACCCUGGUACAACUGGAAAAGAAUACCUAAAAAAAAAAAAAAUGAUGAAAUAUGGAAAAUUGAUUAAAGUAUCGUUUUUAGUAAUA